AUUCGCCGAAACAAGUUCAAGAAAAUUUGUGCUGCAUAAUUUGAUUUUUAAAUGUGAAAUUUGAAAAAUGUUGUAUUGAAAUACAACAUACAAAAUAAUGUAGUUACUUUAUAUACAAGGGCAUGUUCUAAAGCGAGUCAAUUUAACGUGGUUUUCCGUGAAAAUGUGCAAAGUACUUGAUUUUGAAAAUGUGAAUGGCUUCCGUAUCUCACUAAAAGUCGAAAGCCGAAAUUUAUCACCGAUCUCUCAACGUUAUACAAUAUCAUUCAAAAACAAGGAACGACAUUCAUCCUGGCCUCUGAAAUCAUUGUUACUUGCUGUAUUAUUUAACAUUAUAGGUUUUAGUUAUGUUCGCAUAAGUUUAACCACAACCCUAGUAAUUUUUAUUGUUAUAGCCUUUUUGAUAUUCUUUUGGGUUACACAUACUGUACAAGAAGAAAGUGUAUUAGUGAUACCUACUGUGUGUGUACAAAGCUCUGUCAAGUUUGUAGUUGGUAGAGAGGAUAACUACAUUCCAUGGUCUAAUAUUGAUGAUGUUAUCAUAAAUGAAGUUGUCCAAAUGAAUCGUGUUUUAUACUUUCUAACAAUUCUAGUCAAAACUAAUGAAACUGAAGGCAACCCUAAACUAAUGCCAAUGUUUAAAUAUACAAAGCCAAGAUUGAUGAUGCUCCAAGUGAUAUAUAAUCAGAUACAAGCUCUGCUGUUGGAGUCUAGAAAUGAACUGACGGAGUUGGGAUCUGGUGAUAGGCAGUAUUAGUGUAAAUAGCUGUACAUUCUACUAGAUCAUUCCAAAGAAAUGUUGUUGUUUACGUUAUGAAUAAAUUAUAGAACAUA